CUCGCCGGCAAAGUUGCGCGAAAUCCGUGAGGCCUUCACACUUACACACACAAAGAGACACUUGUCGUUGAUGGAAUAUUACGUCAAAGAUGCACAGAGACGAAGUCAUUAAAUCGCGGAAAUUGGAGGCCUUUUAUACGCUCACGUUCCGAAGGACAUUAAUGAAUUCUCCCUUUCUUACAUGAGUGCUCGCUAUUGUUGGCGCUUUUCUAGGAAGCUUCGGGUGUCGCAGGUGUCCCAUGCGCUUUCUGCUAACACCAUGCAAAUACGUUUCCAAGGUCGAGAACAAUGGAGUCGGUGUUACUGCAGUUGCAUGAGUGGGGUCUGGGAACCUUGGUGUCGCAGGUGUCUCAUGCAAGUACGUUUUCAAGGACAAGAACAAUGGAGUCAGUGUUACUGCAUGAGUAGGUCUUGGAAGCUUUGGUGUCGCAAGUGUCUCAUGCAAGUACGGAGGAGGACAAUGGAGUCAGUGUUGAGCUACCAGGAAAGCAACCUGUGAGAACGCCCUUGAUUUUCACUCUUUUGCUAACUCCAUCAAAAACCCUCCCCAUAUAUAGGUGGAGAUUUUUCAUAUUGGAUAAGUAUUAACGUGAACGUUAAGACCAUGUCUUCCUCGAUGUCUUCCUUUAACAACAAACGCGGCGCGAAAUUGAGUAUUAAAAAAAAAAGUGAAACGAACAAGAAGCCUUACGGUGGUGCUAGUGGCGGUGGCGAACAUUCGGUGUUAAGAACGGCAUUAGAAAAAAAUAAACCAUCAAAAUUAAUGGACGGAGAUGUCAUCAUCAAUCUCAUUACCGAAGAUGAUGAAGGACACCAGGAAAGAACCACCACUACAACAGCCAACAACAACAACAUGAAUGAGUUGGACGACUUUCUGAAAGAAUACGAGGGCAUCGUGAGCCACGUAUAUGCCCCACAAGUAAGGACGAUCCCUCCACCUCACGACCAGGAGCAUCAGCAGCAGCAGUUAAGCCAUCAUCAAUAUCCGGUACAGAUAUUAGAACACAUCAUAAUUCCCGCGCCGCCGCCACCACCACCGCCCCAGUCAAAUCAGCACGCGGGAGAUGGCUUACACCAAUUUCAUCCGCCGCCACCGGGCAAUAACGCCGUGAACAACAAUCACUUUCAAGCUUCGUUACCAAGGGCGGGUGCAAAGGACAUGAAUGUCCUAAGAGACAUCUACCAAAACAUCUCCCCAGCAGCAGCAACAGAUCUGCCGCCACCACCACCACCACCCGCUGGACCCGCACAGGUGGCACGAGCCGUCCAACCCCCAAGAGCUGGCAAUGGUGUCCAUGCGGUGCCUGGAGCAAAUGUUGCCCAUUGUUGAAACGAAGCACCGAGAUUCCCAACUUCUUACCGAAAGGUUGGAAAGGGAAUUAACGGCAUCCCGAACACAACAGCAGCAUCUCCAAAAAGAAAUGCAAUUAAUAAUUAAUUAUAUUACAUUUUUAAAACAAAUGUCAAUGUAACUAUAACGAAAUAAUAAUGUAAUUAUUGUAUGUACCUAUUUCAAAUAUACGGAAUUGAUGCAA